CGGCCUGGUGACACUGAAAUAAGUUGUGCGAGAAUUUGCUCUACGUCUACAAUCAACUUCCCUCGACCUUUCUGCCUGGUGGUUUUCUGUGCGACAGCCACAACCGAACGUGCCGGGAGCUUGGAGCUCUCGCAGGGCGCUGAACACGCAGAUGAGGCGGAUCGCGGCCUGCUAAGCCGAGUCUGUUUCGAGUCUGUCUGCUCACCAUGGGGUCUUUGUUUAGAUUCAGAAACAAUGCGGGAACCGCAAGUCCCGCGGUCGGGACAACGCCGACCAAAAAAGAAGCACACCCACCGGUCGUGACUCCUCUUGAGAAACAUUUGCAGGAUAUGGGCCCAAUACGACAGGAUGGCAGUGACAAGUUCUUUGGCAUGGAAAAUUAUGGAAAUACAUGCUACUGUAACUCGAUCCUUCAAUGUCUCUACUACUCGAUUCCCUUCCGAGAAGCUGUCAUAAACUACCCGCGACGCACACCGAUCGAAACUCUGGAGGCAGCGCUGGAGAAAUCACUCAGGAUUCAGGAUCCCAACAAUCCGAUCGACCUGGAGGCUCAGGCGGCCGCAAAGCAGGCGAAGCAGCCCAACGGCCAGUCGUCCGCUCGCGGCGCCGGCGUGCCCCCGAACCAACCGCAAAAACCGGAAGAUAAGGAUUCCCCCGAGUACAAGAAGAAGGUCGCGUUACAAACACUACCUUUGCUCGAACCGAACAACAACGCCCCCAGCUAUGGCAUGUCGGAGUCGCUGUUCACCUCGUUAAAGGACCUCUUCGAGUCCGUGGUCGGCAGUCAGAUCCGAAUGGGUAUCGUGCGGCCCCAGCAGUUCCUCGAGGUCCUCCGCCGCGAACACGAGAUGUUCCGCACGGCGAUGCAUCAGGAUGCGCACGAGUUUCUGAAUCUCUUACUCAACGAAGUCGUCUCCAACGUCGAGGCCGAGGCGGCCAAGCUGGCCCUCCUCGACAAGGACGUGGCGCCCGGACAGAGCGCCGAGUCCCUGGACCAAGCCACGAUCAGCACGGGUUCCAAAACCCCAAGCACCACUCGUUGGGUUCACGAAUUGUUCGAGGGGACCCUGACCUCCGAAACCCAAUGCCUGACGUGUGAAAACGUCUCGCAACGCGAUGAGAUCUUCCUUGAUCUCUCGGUGGAUCUGGAACAGCAUUCCUCCGUCACUUCGUGUCUCCGCAAGUUCUCCGCAGAAGAGAUGCUGUGCGAGCGGAACAAGUUUCACUGUGACAACUGCGGCGGCCUCCAGGAGGCCGAGAAGCGCAUGAAGAUCAAGCGUCUGCCUCGGGUGCUUGCCCUCCACCUGAAACGCUUCAAGUACACCGAAGACUUGCAAAGGCUGCAAAAGCUGUUCCACCGGGUGGUGUACCCUUACCACCUGCGGCUAUUCAACACCACCGACGAAGCCGAGGACCCCGAUCGGCUUUAUGAAUUAUACGCCGUGGUGGUUCAUAUCGGCGGUGGGCCUUACCACGGUCACUACGUUGCCAUCAUCAAGACCGAGGACCGCGGCUGGCUGCUCUUUGACGAUGAGAUGGUCGAACCCGUGGACAAGAACUACGUCCGCAACUUCUUCGGCGACCGGCCAGGACUGGCCUGCGCCUACGUCCUGUUCUACCAGGAGACGACCCUGGAGGCGAUGAUGAAGGAGCAGGAACAAGAGGAUCUCGCCUCGACCAUGGCCUCCAUGGACGUGAAUGACCUGGCCUUCAAGCAGAACGGAUUCUCACCCAUGUCCCCCACCGGCUUGUCUCAUUUCCAUACCGCUUCGCAGAUCCCUUCCCCGCACGAGGAAACCACCAGCCGCUAUGGCCUCGUGCGUGCCCCGACCGCACCCCAGCUUACUCCACACCCAGAGCAUCCGGAGGCCGAGCCGGAAGUACCACAAUCGCCCGACGCGACGACAGUGCCUCCUCCUCUUCCUCCGCUCCCGAUCUCCUCUCCCUCGCCACUCAGUCCGAAAAAGCAAGAUGCGCACACCCGCAAGGAGCAAGUCCGAGAGGAGAAGGAACGCAAAGCGGCCGAAAAGGAGCGGAAGGCCGAGCAGGAGGCGAAGCGCAGGGAAGACUUCAAGCGUGAAGAAGCUGAGAUGAGGGCCGCCAUCGAGGCCAGCAAGGCCAGCAAGGCUGAGGAAGAUCGCCGCCACGACGACAACCCCCACAAGUUGGCUGGGGGGCUGAAUCUUCUGAAACGUAGUAGCAAGAGCUUCAGCCACCGGAUCGGUGGCAAUCACCGCGAACGACGGAUCUCUUCCACCGAUCUACCGCCCAUGGUGGCCCCUGCAGAGCAACAGACUGCGUCAACGGCCCCUGCUGCUGCCCCUGCUGUCCCUGCUGUCCCCGUUGUUCCCGAUAUACCUCCUGCAAUCCCCGAAUCCCGGCCAGCAAAGGAUUCAGCGCCGAUUCCUUCUUCCAAGGCAAUCGCUCACGACGAGGAUAUGCUCAAGGACUCCAACGGCAAGCAUGGCCACGGCAAAUGGCGGAGCUUCAGCCUCCGCAAGAAGUCGUUCAGCAUUCUCUCUUAAGAGGUCGGUCUGCAAUCAGACCAUACUCUCGGAGUCACCCUGUUUCUACUCAUCUUUUCAUUCGAGUCAUUACUUUGACAUACUGCACAUAAUCUCUCCGGUACAUACUGAUCGUCGUUUUUUUCUUUUUUUUUUUCGACAUCCCUGUUUUAGUCACA